AUGGGGUUAGGGAUAUGGCGAGACGAAGAAGAGGCUGAGCUUGAAGAAGGAGAGGCUUAUUGUAAUCAUAAUGAGAAUGCGAAUGAGGAUUCAACCAUUGACCCUGAUGUUUCUUUGUCCUACAUUGAGGAAAAACUCCAAAAUAUUUUGGGGCAUUUUCAGAAAGAUUUUGAAGGUGGAGUUUCAGCUGAGAAUUUGGGAGCGAAAUUCGGUGGCUAUGGUUCAUUUCUGCCUACCUAUCAACGGUCUCCAUCUAGGUCUUAUCCGAGGACUUCUCAAGAAGUACAUAACCAUGAUGCUCCUAAGUCCCCAAAAAAGUUGCAUUUAGAGGAUGGAAGACAAAACUCAUUAGCUUCAUCAAGAGUGUCUCUGUCAGCAAGGUCUCAAGCAACCCCGGGGAAAAUAGCAUCAUUCUGCAAUUCCCAGGAAGGGGAUUUGCUACCUACACGUGCCAAAGGAUUCACUUCGAAUUGCAGACUUGUUAAGAGUACUUCCAAUCCUUCUGACAAGAGAAUUCUGAAAGUUAGAAUCAAAGUUGGCUCUGAAAAUUUGUCGACACAAAAGAAUGCUGAAAUCUACAGCGGACUUGGUCUUGAUGUCUCUCCAUCAUGUUCUUUUGAUGACAGCCUUACAACUAGUGAAAGGUUAUGUGGUAACCUUCAGGAUGUGCCAGAUAAAUCUCCUACUAGUAUUCUUCAGAUGAUGACAUCAUUACCCAUGGAGUUACUUUUAUCCCCUCUACCUGAGGAUCUGAUUCACCUUACUGGGAAAGGAAAGUUUAGGGGAAAGAGUGAGCAUAUUCCAAUGGACAAGGAAAGCUUAUAUAGUUCUGAGUUGUUAUUCAAUGGAUCUCAUUUCAGUAGGAGUAAUCAAAAAGUUUUGGAGCGCAAGAAAUUGAAGUCAUCUGAAAAAGACAACGCUUUUUCGAUGGAAUUAACAAGUAAGAAGAACAAUGGUGGUCAGGAUAAUCUCGGCAUUCUGUUGAAGAAGGAAACUGAUAUGGGCAUGGUUGGUUGUGAGAAACUUGUUGCCGAUGCUUUGAAACUCCCAUUGCUUUCAAAUUUAGAACAUAGCAUGGCGAAUCCUACAAAAUGUACUUUGAGGGAAGCAGUUGAUGUUCCUGUGACUUCUCUUCACGAUAAGGUCAAAGAAGAAACCUUCUCUGAAGUUACAGUGAAGGGACUUCUUGAGAGUGCACCUGCCCAAGAUAUACACUGGGUUGAGAAGUUGAGUGGGGGGCUGGGUUCUUCUACUAAGGUUUUGGAAAACAAAAAAGAUGUACCUGAAGCAGAAAAUGCUUCUUUUUCAGCCCAUUCUGAAUCAAAUGUCUGUGAGGGGAGAAACUCUUUUAAUGGUGAAGCUGCUGGCUCUAUGUUACAGUUAGUCAUGGAGAAAGGAAAAUCUGGCUGUGAGGAAGGCAUGAAACAAGCUUUUAAGAAGAAGUCUUCGGGGAGCAAAAAGAAAUAUAAAGGAUUUCACGGUCAGGGUGCUCAAGGAUCUAAAGUAUCAAAAGUUCAGUCAAUGAUUAAUUCUUCUAUUCCGCUUAAAAGUGGGAAGAGCUCUCAUGCUAACAUUCUGGUUUAUAAAAAUGAUAAACUCAAUCUCCAAAAAGACCAGGGAAAGCCUGGAGACAGAUAUAAAGACUUCUUUGGAGACUUGGAAUUUGAAGAAGAUGAAGACUCAUUUUUAGGGGAAAUGACUUUGGCAAGAAAACUGAAGGAUCCUCAGCUAAUGGAAAGAAGCAUUGCCAUCGUUGGGUGUCACAGCAUGACCAAAGAGAAACGCAAGGGUAAAAAAUCCAAAAAGCCAUCUUUUGAAGACAAAUAUCAUAGGGGGGCUUCUAAUUUGGCGCCUCCAUCUGGAAAUGGACACAUUUCCAAUGCUAAGGCAACAGGAGUUGUUCCUCUAGUCAAGGACAAUUGGGUCUCUUGUGAUAAAUGUCAAAAAUGGAGACUUCUUCCACUUGGUACAAAUCCUAGGAGCCUUCCUGAUAAAUGGCUCUGUAUGAUGCUGACCUGGCUGCCUGGAAUGAACCAUUGUAGUAUCCCAGAGGAGGUGACAACUAGUGCUUUAAUGGCCCUCUACCAUCCGGUUCCUGCUUCAGCUUCUCCCUCUGUUCCAGAUGGUCAACCCAACCGGUUUAAUUAUCCUGCUGGAAUUUCGUCAGGAUGGUCCUCAAUUUACGCUAGUUCUCCUGGUCAAGACUGCCAAAAUAUCAGCAGGAAGAAACCCCGUGGGUCUGCAGAUGCCACAAAUUCAACUGAUUUAGGCUGUCCCGCUCACAAUUCACAAUCUCAGAAGAACCUUCGGACAUCAAGCAAAAGAAGCAUUUUGAAUGGAGCGGAUGACUUUCCUGUUGAUUCAUGCGGACAGAAGUAUCUAUGCCAACCUAUUAUUGCUGUUGAGAAGAACGAACAUAGUAAAAAAGAGAACAGAGUAUCCCUCGACAAUUAUUCUGAUAAAGGUACAAAUUCAAAGUUAAGGAACAAGAGAGAGUCUGGUUUAGAUUUUUCUAGAGCUUCUAAAAGAAUUAAAAGUGAUGACGCAGAUCAUGUGACUUCCUUAAAAGCAGAUCAUAGCUCAAGCAGAGGUUUGUCAAAUAAUGUAUCAGGUAAUGAUCAACACUAUAAGGAUGCCAGAGUUGACAAGAAAAAGAAUGUAGCAUCCGGUAAGAAUUCAGAAUUCAAUGUUCCAGGUGCUUCAUAUGAUGGUUUGUUGCAUACAAGCAAAUGUGAUAGUCAGGAUCCUAUUAAGAAGAGGAAAGGGAAGGAACAUCAUGGUUCUCAGGUUCUUUAUAGUUCAGGACCACAUCUACAAGCCUCAGGGGAUUUCAUGGAAGAAAUCUGUGAAAGUGACUAUUGGAAAGAAAAGAAAGAAAGAAUUUCAACAUCUGGGGGAAAGGAAACCAGUCGAAGCAAGGCCAAUGUAGGUACAGGGAGAAAGAAUAGGGUUACUACAGACCAAUACAUUGGGCAAAAUCUAAGUAAAACUCUGCCUAAGUGUAGCUUAGAGGCUGCAGAUUAUUUGAAAAGUGAUAUGGGUUCAGUACAUCCUUUUGCUGAAAAUUCAAGCUCUUCGAAGGUGUCUGGGUCCAGUAAAAGCAGACCCAGUGGCCGGGAAAUGAAAGGCUCACCAGUCGAAUCAAUGUCUUCAUCUCCUUUGAAGUGUCCUAACGCCGAUAAGUUCAUGUCAACGGGAAGGAGCCUUGUUGGCAAAGUUGAUUUUCAAGAUCCUGGCUCGUUGACCUCUACUAGUCCUGGAAGAGUUACGCGGGGUGAAGAUGGAGGGAAUGACCAUUUGGGGAUGGUGAGAAAAAGACCAACUCACACCAUCACUAAUCAUGUUGCUGAUGUCUAUGAUGAUCACCUAGGUCAAGGUAAUCAAAAUGCUUGUGAAACACAUACUUCAGAGCAAUGCCAAGAUGAAGAAAGAGGCACUGCCAGUCGUUCUCAAGUUAAUGGGUCUCACUCAAAGAACUCAUGCAAAGGGUUCUCAUCACGUUCUAAAGACAAGAGUCGCAGCUCUAGAUCUGACUUGGAUAAAAAUAUGAACAAGGCUUCUGAUUCUUCCUGUGAAUUAGAUCACAAUAAAUCGUUUAAGGGAAAAUAUAAGAGUGGAAGGUACAAAAUUGAUGAGAAAUUUGUCGCUCCUGACAAGGCUAAGAAAAUUUUCAUUCUUAAUAAAGAUGCUGCUGGAGGAGGAAUAUCUAGAGAGAGUAGUCAGGGAAGAAGUCAACUAAAGGUUGGAGGUCUUGAUGGUUCAGAUAGUAGAUUAGAUGUUUUGAAAAGCCUGGAUAAAAGGAACCAUCUUCAACCUGAGUAUGAUGACAAAAGAUUGUCCAAAAAGCCUCACUCUGGCAAAGGCGACCGAGCUGAAGUCAAUGGGAGUGGGAGGUCACACUCAGUGGCAAAGGAUCAGAUUGAAAUUGUUUCUGAUCUCCAUCGUGUGUCCCGGUCUCAGACAGAAAGUGGAGUAAAAGUUUUGGCUGCUGACUUGUUUGAAAAUGGCAAUGUCUUGAAGACACCGAAGCAGAGUAAGAAAGCUGAGAACCAGAAUGGUCAGCUCAUACAUUCAAGGCAUCCUACUCCCAAUAAGCAUAAGGUUCAGGAUAUUGAAGCCCCUAGUCCUGUAAGAAGAGAUUCCUCCACUCACACUGCUAACAGUGCCAUAAAAGAGGCGAAGGACCUAAAGCAUCUGGCUGAUCGUCUUAAGGUUUAUACACUUCCUGUUGCAUCUGUUGUUGGCAUUGAUACCUUUGUUUUGAUAACAUGGUCUGUGUUACAGAAUUCUGGAUCAACUGAAAGUACAGGGAUUUAUUUCCAAGCUGCACUCAAAUUUCUCUAUGGAGCCUCUUUGUUAGAAUCUGGGAACAGUGAGGGCACCAAGCACAAUGAAAUGAUGCAGUCGAUGAAUAUAUAUAGUAGCACAGCAAAACUCUGCGAGUUUUGCGCCCAUGAAUAUGAAAAGUCAAAAGACAUGGCUACUGCUGCUUUGGCCUAUAAAUGCAUGGAGGUUGCAUAUAUGCGGGUAGUUUAUUGUUCACACAACGGUGCAAGCAGGGUCCGUAAUGAGUUGCAAAGUGCUCUACAAAUCGUUUUCCCAGGUGAAUCUCCUUCCUCUUCUGCUUCUGACAUUGACAACUUCAACGGACAAGCAACUAUGGACAGGGCUGUCUUAGCCAAAGUUGCUGCUUCUCCUCAAGUUUCUGGAAGCCACGUUAUCACUGCUCAGAAUCGUUCUAGUUUCGUGCGGCUUCUCAACUUUGCACAGGAUACAAAUUUUGCAAUGGAAGCCUCUAGGAAAUCAAGAAUUGCUUUUUCAGCUGCUAGUCAAAGACCUGAAGAGACCCAGGAUAGUCAGGUUGCUAUUGCCGUGAAUAUUCAUAUCACAAGAUUGAUGUUUCAUCAAGUAUCGUCCAUGUUCUUGGAAUUCAAUGCCAUAUCAAAUAUCAGCAAUUGA